AAGUGUGUUUCGCAUGAUCGGGUUCAAGGGCUGGCGCGCGGUGCGCCUUGCGCGUACGGCGGGCUUGACGACGCUGUCGCCGCGGAAGCUCGCAGCCAUGGAGGCCGAGGUCAUGGAGCGCCUCCGCAGUGUCAAGGACGACCUGCUCAACGCAGACUUGCCGACGCUCGGCCGCAUCAAGAACUUGGUCAUCCAGCCCGACCAUUGCGUCUCGCUGGACAUUGAGACGCCGUCGCGCGUGCUGCGCCAGAACGACCAGUGGAUUGCCGAGGCUACGGAGGCGAUCCAGAGCCUUCCGUGGGUCUCGCGCGCCAACGUCUCGCUGGCAUCGGCGUCGACGCGGAAUCCGCAAGCGCCGCGUCACUCGGCGCUUGCCAACGUCAGCAACAUCGUCGCAGUCUCGAGCUGCAAGGGCGGCGUCGGCAAGUCGACUGUCGCCGUCAACCUCGCCUUUGCGCUUCAGAAGCGCGGUGCGCGCGUGGGGCUCCUGGACGCAGACGUGUAUGGCCCGAGCUUGCCGACCAUGAUCUCACCGGACGACCGCGGCAUUCGCAAGUCCAAGACGAACCCGUCCUUCGUCGAGCCCGUACGUUACCACGGCGUCGAGUGCAUGUCGUUUGGGUUCGUCAACAGCAAGGCCGCGCCGGGCGCAGGCGGCAAAGGCGCCGCUGUCAUGCGCGGUGCGAUGGUGUCCAAGGUGAUUGACCAGCUCGUCCUUGGCACCGAGUGGGGCGCGCUCGACUACUUGGUCAUCGAUAUGCCGCCGGGCACGGGCGACAUCCACAUGUCCCUCGCGCAGCAGACGGCCAUCACGACCGCCGUCAUUGUCACGACGCCGCAAAAACUCAGCUUUGUCGAUGUGGAAAAGGGCAUUUCGAUGUUUGAGGACCUCAAGAUCCCGACGAGCGCGGUGGUCGAGAACAUGUCGUACUUCGACUGCGCUCACGGCCACCGCCACUACCCGUUCGGACACGGGCACCUCAAGCAGUUGCAGCAGUCGUUUGACAUUCAGCACACGUUUCAGUUCCCGAUGGCCGAGUCCACGAGCGAUAGUGCCGACGCUGGACGGCCAUUGGUGCUCACCGAUGCGCUGCCCGAGGUCUCGGUGACAUUCGAAUCGCUGGCAAUCACGGUCGCCGAAGAGUGCGUGAAGCUCAAGCACCUCUCCAAGCUCGCACCCGAGCUCCUGUACGACUCCAAGCGCGGUAUUGUGCUCCGCUUCUACACGAGCGAGAGCGCGCACGAGGUCAUCUUGCCGCCCGUCGAGCUGCGUGCGCAGUGUCGGUGCGCUGCGUGCAUCGAAGAGUUCACGGGCAAGCCCCUCCUCGACCCGGAAACGAUCCCGGAUGACAUCCGACCCACCGCCGUCCAGCGCAAGGGCAACUACGCGUUUGCUGUCGUGUGGAGCGACGGCCACUCGUCGUCGCUGUACACGUUCGAGCACCUGCGUAAGCUCGCGCAAGUGUAGAGGAAAUGCGCUGAUCAGAGCCAUCGACCGAAGUUUAGUCCUCCUUGUAUAUACCUUGUGUGUGCAGCUGGA